CCUAGGGCCCCUACACCAUCCUCCACCACCACCCCUACCUCUAUCCCUCUGGAGGUUGGGACAGAGAGGGAGCACCACGGAGAGGUGCAGAGCUCACCUACCCAGAGAGAGGGGGGGGCUGAAGAUGGGGCUGGGACUGUGGCCGAACCCCGGGCACUCAUUCUGUCCCCGGCUGACAGAGGAGAGUCCACCAUGCCUCCCCCCACAAAGCCAGGUCCUGGAAGGGAGGGGCACAACCAGGCUCCAGUGACACCUGGUGGCUCGGAGGAGAACAACCACUCCACCACCCCAGACCUGACCAGAGACAACGAUGAUGCUGCUGUCGUUGAUCCGUUUGGAGUGCUGCCUCUGGACGACAUGUCUGACUCUCAACUCAACACCAUCACUCUGACUGAGAAAGAGGAAGAGGAGAAAGAGGAAGGGCAUGAAGACGCUACAGAACUGGUCUGUGGCCUGAUCAGAGAACUCUCCUACCUAAAUCGGGUAGUGAUGGCUACCCAUCGGGAGCUAGAGUCUCUUCGCCGUGGCAACAAGACCGCGAGGCCUCCCCCACGCCGCGUCUUCCCCCCACGACUCUCUGAGAUCUAGAAUGCCUCCCAAAUAGCACCCUAUUCCCUAUAUAGUGCCCUACUUUUGACCUGGGCUCAUAGACACUAUAUAGGGAAUAAGGUGCCAUUUGGGACCUACAGCGAACCAUCAUCGCAACGCCCCCAAAGGCUCAUGGGUAACAGUCUUCACAUAGCGGAGGCUCACUUGAAAGUUGAUUUGUAUUUCUGUUUUGACUUGAAUACUCCAGAUCAGUUUGAGAACAAUGAUCCAAAGUAUCAACCCAGAUGAGACCUGAAUGUUUGUCAAGUUAUAUGGACACAACGUUAUAAUAAUAAUGCAGGUCUAUAAUACCAUUUAAGGGUUCUGAACUGAAUGUUUGUCAAGUUAUAUGGACACAACGUUAUAAUAAUAAUGCUGGUCUAUAAUACCAUUUAAGGGUUCUUUUCUUGUCCUCAGCCUUUCCUAAUGCUGAGGACAUCACUUUGGAACAGUAUGUAGUUACUGUGUUUUGUAGAAUGUGUUAUAAAAUAAAUGACCACUAAGGUGAAUCUUUGGUUAUUGUACAUCU